AUUAAAUAUUAAUUGAACGUAUAGAUCGAAUUUGCUCAUUCCGGUCCGGUUCACAUGCCCGCAUCAAAAGGCGACACGAAAGCAAGCGCAAGAGGACAAAAGCUCCUUAUCCAUUGUCACAGUCUGUGUGUUUAAAUCUCGUUCAGAUCAACAGGACAAAUAUCCAAUUUUUUUAUGUUCAAGAAGAAGGGUAGAAGGGUGUGUGUGUGUGUGUGUGUGUGUAUGAAUGGAUGAUGAAUCUCCCUGUGAAUUCCACGUACCAAAGAUAUUUUUUUGAUCCCAACUGUAUCUCCAUCUCCUGUCCCUUUCAGCUCCCUGUAACGGUCACUUCUCCACCCUCCCGUGUCUAAUCGCCCCCUCAAACGGCUACUCUGUUGUUGUUGUUUGUUUGUUUUCUUCUUCCUUCCUCGUCAUUCCAUACGCUGAAAUCUGAAAUUUAUCGGCAUCGGCGGCGGCUAUGGAUUUCAGCUCGUUCGUGACGUCGUUGGCGACGUCGUUUGUGAUUUUCCUCAUCUUGAUGCUGCUGUUCACGUGGCUGUCUCGCCGACCGGGGAACAACGUUGUUUACUACCCGAAUCGGAUCCUACGAAAAUUGGAUCCGCACGAAGGAUCUCACUCGAGCCGGAGCCCUUUCGCUUGGAUCCGUGAAGCCCUAGCUUCCACUGAGGCUGACGUCAUCAGAGCCUCCGGCGUCGAUUCUGCUGUCUACUUUGUCUUCCUCACCACUGUUUUGGGGAUUUUUGUCCUGUCUGGUCUUGUUCUUCUCCCUGUCCUGCUGCCCGUGGCAGCGACUGCUCAUGGAUCUCUACAGGCCAACGCUACCAGUAAAGAUAGCUUCAAUGACCUCGACAGACUAUCCAUGGCGCAUAUCGAACAAAAAAGCAACCGAUUGUGGGCAUUUCUUGCAGCUGUCUAUUGGGUUUCUAUCAUUACAUGCUACCUCUUAUGGAAGGCUUACAACCAUGUCUCCCACCUGAGGGCGGCGGCUCUGAUGUCGCCCGAGGUGAAAGACGAGCAAUUUGCCGUGGUUGUUCGCGACAUUCCUUCCACAACCGAUGCCCGGUCGAGGAAGGAGCAAGUCGACUCCUACUUCAAGGCCAUCUAUCCCGACACAUUUUAUCGAUCAAUGGUUGUCACUAACAACAAGGAGGCUAAUAAAAUCCAUCAAGAAUUGGAAGGCUUCAAGAAGAAGCUUGCGCACGCCGAAGCCGUAUAUUCAGAGUCCAGAACAACUUCGAAUCCUGAAGGAGUAAAGCCGACGACUAAAACUGGCUUUCUCGGCCUCAUUGGAAAAAAGGUCGACGCUUUAGAUUACUACGACGAGAAGAUAAAAGAGUUGACAGUGAAGUUAGAAUCAGAGCAGGCACGAACUCUGAAAGACAAGCAGCAAUCUGCGGCCGUCAUCUUUUUUAACAACAGGGUGACUGCUGCAGCCGCGUCGCAAAGUCUGCACGAUGCAAUCGUAGAUAAGUGGACAGUUAUGGCAGCUCCCGAAAGCCGGGAAAUAUUGUGGAGCAAUCUUGCGAUGAAUUACUAUGCGAGGCUGGUUCGCCGAUACGCCAUCUAUUUCUUGGUGUUCUUGACGAUCUUCUUUUACAUGAUCCCGAUCGCCUUCAUCUCUGCAGUGACAACUCUGCGCAACUUGAUCAAAUACCUCCCGUUCUUGAAGCCCGUGGUGAAAGUAGCUGCGAUCAAGACGAUUCUUGAGGCGUACUUGCCGCAGCUUGCGCUGAUAAUCUUUCUGGCAUUGUUGCCCAAGUUCCUGCUGUUCUUAUCGAAGGCCGAGGGCAUUGUUUCGGAGAGUCACGCGCAGAGAGCUGCCUCCGGGAAGUACUUCUAUUUUAACGUCUUGAAUGUGUUCAUUGGCAUCACGUUGGGGUCAGCGCUGUUCGAUUCGUUCAAGGAGAUUUUGAACGAUCCGAAGUCUAUACCCGAGCUGUUGGGAAGAAGCCUCCCGAGAAGUGCGACGUUCUUCUUGACUUUCGUCGCGCUGAAGUUCUUCGUUAGCUACGGGCUCGAGCUAUCGCGAAUAGUUCCUCUAAUCAUAUUUCACCUGAAGAAGAAGUACCUCUGCAAAACCGUAGCUGAGGAGAUCGAAGCUUGGGCUCCGGGAGACCUUGGAUAUGCGACGAGAAUCCCGGCAGACAUGCUGAUUGUCAUGAUAGUCUUUUGUUAUUCUGUCAUAGCUCCAUUGAUUAUCCCUUUCGGCGUCGUAUACUUUGGUUUGGGAUGGCUCGUUCUCCGGAAUCAGGUCCUCAAAGUGUAUGUGCCGUCCUACGAGACUUAUGGGAGGAUGUGGCCGCACAUUUUCGUGCGGGUGAUGGCAUCGUUGGUGGUGUUUCAGCUCACAAUGCUGGGCUACUUUGGAACCAAGGAGUUCUCCUACACGCCGAUUCUGAUCCCUCUCCCGAUCCUGUCGGUGAUCUUUGCGGUUUUCUGCACGAACAAGUUCUACCGAUUCUUCAAGUUCACUGCGCUGGAUGUCGCCUGCCGGGAGCUGAAGGAAGCCCCCGCCAUGGAUGGGGUGUUCAGGUCGUUCAUCCCUCCGUGUUUGGUGUCGGACAAGACGACGGCGGCGGCGGUGGCCGAUGAAGAGCAGUUUGAUGAUGCAUUGUCGCAGGUGUCGAGGGCGGGCUCCUUUGUUGUCUGAUGAUGAUUUAUGGAAUUAAGUUUAGGAAAUGUGAUCUGAUCUGUUAAUGUACAUUGUUGUCAGAAGAAGCAACCAUUUUGUUGUUGUUGUUGUCCUGUUUUGUGCAUACGAUGAAGAUGAUGAUGCAGUUGUUUUGGUUUAUGGCUGUCUGUGGAUUUUGAAUUCUUUGUUUGGGCAAAUUUGGGGAUCUGAUCUUCUUCUGGUGUUUGUAAUUCUAUUCAUCAUCGUCACUAUUAUGUUUGUUUUGUUUGUAUGUUUGUUUAUUCAGUUCAGUGAUAGAAAUUUGCUGUGCA